UGGUCAUUGAAGUCCUUUUUCAAAUUCAAAUGGUCAUUUCCCUCUCUCAUACAACCCAUUUCCUCUCUCUCUCACUCUAUGAUAUCUCACACUGUACUUCAGCAGAGAAAAAUAGGGUCGCAGAGAGGCAGAUAUAUACAAAAUGUGCACACCAUGGACAAUUCCAAAGCUUGUCAGAUGGAGGGUGAGGGACUGGGUAUCUUGUUUCUUGGCUUGCAGGUUUCCUUUAGAUGAUGAAUCGAAUGAUGCAUAUCGAUCUUCUGCACCUCAAAAACUGCCAAGAAAAAACUUGGGUUUCGACGCAAAGGGUACUGAGAGUAGAGUCAUGAAUCAAACUAGCAAGAAGAAGUCACGGCACAAAAGUCGACGUAGUAAAGAGAGACAAUCAAAACUCAGUUCCACACAAACUAAAGAUGCCAUUUCAGUAGAAAAUGGCUCUGUCGACGACUCUUGCUGGCCACAUUUUUCAGAUGAAGACUACAUAGUCUUCUGUUUUAGGGAGGAUGGAGCAUUCGACGUAGUCAAGGAUGGAAAGCCAGAAACUUCCAACCGCUUUGACUGCAUGUCCAGAAGUUCCAGAACUGUAAACCGAAAGCUUAAUUAUGGUGAGGAAGCAAAAACAGUGGUAGAAAGGUGCAGUAAUGUUGGGGAAAAGUUGAAUAAUAAUAAUAAAGAUGGAAAUGAUAUCUGCCCAACAAAUGAUGGAGAUGGUAUGAUCUCUGACCAAAAGGAUGAUGAAGAAGAAGACUGCAUAUAUUGGGAUACAGAAUCGCCUAGAAACAGCAUCAGAAGGAGAUCAUCUCAAAUGGAGGAUCAGCUUGAAGACCGUGGCAUGGUUUCAGUUGAAUCAAGUGAAUCCAAUCAAUCAGAUCGCAGCACAGGCUCUUUUGCCUUCCCUGUGUUGGGUUGGGAGUGGAUGGGUAGUCCAGUGCAAAUGCCAAAAUCAGAGGGCCUGCAGUUAAGGAAGCACAAGGCUCGUUGUGUGGGCUUUCAGUGUUUUAGAAACUGAAAGUUUAGCAACAUUUCUGUCUCUGUUCUUCCUCAAGUUUCCUGGGCCCCCCCAGACAUGUAUAGGACUGGCUUGAACAUGAAGAAAUUUAACUAGUGAUUAUCAUUCAUUCCAAGAACUACGAAUGUUCUUCAGAUUUUCCAAACAUACAUGAAAUUAAUCCCACUCGGAUAGUACCAUUCUGAUUCUUGGAUA